AUGGUGUCACCCACCGAAGCUAGCAGCGACGACAGCGAGCAGGAGGAAGUUCCCAAAGUGUUGCCUCCCGAGGCAUGGCGACCAUGCCCCGAUCCAAAGGUAUUUAAGGAUCUUCUUCUGGAGUGGCGCUGCUUGGAAGAGGCUGACACAGUGGAGGACGAUGAGGAAGAGGCCAGACACGGCGUCGGCGAGCGCAGCUUCGUCCGCCUCUUCGUCGAGCCGCAACCAUCGGAGCACUGUUUGUCUGCACCCCUGGGAGCUGUGGAGUUCUUCCUUGGUGAGGAAAGCGGCUACCAGUGCAUCCAGGAGGAAUCCAGUGACACCAGGCCACCCCAGGAGUUGAACCGACUGGACAUUCCACGGUGGCUUACAGAGGCAGCACUCUGCCUGCGCUUCGCUGGCGCCCAGGGCCGCUUUCGGUCGCGGGAAGGCAGGCCUGAUCUGAUCGGAGAGCAUCACGUGAGGCUCAUAGCCGUGCAGCGUGGUUCCGAUCUCCUCGGUGAUGGCGCGAUACUUCUGAGGCAGCUACGGGUCGGAAGUGGCCCCCGACCCCGAGAUGCCGCCACCGUGCGCGCUUGCUGGCGUGCUUGGUUUCAGAGGAACCUCGAACUGAUCUUCUCUACAGGAGACCCCGAGAAUCCUGCCGAAGCUGUCGAAGUUGUGAUCGAUGAGGAUGAAGUCAUGGCCGCCCUACAGCUGGGCCUGAAGCACCUGAAGGCCGGGAGCCGCGGCCUUCUGCGCGUCUCGGCCGACUGGGGCAUCGGUCAACUCCUCCCCUCGGGCGGUCCGACCUUGAGGAGUGCUGCGAUUUGGAUCGACAUUUGCAUGCAUGAGGUUCAGAAUCCUCCGUUGCCGGGGGAGCUCCAGGAUCUACAAAGCUGCCUGGAGUUUGUGGAGCACCGGAAGGUCCAGGGCAAUGGACACCUGGCGAACGGUGAUGCUGCAAGCAUUGCACGUGCGACCAGGCGCUACGAGGAGGGCAUAGCCGCGCUGGCUGGGCUCAAAGAAGCUCCGGCGAGCGCCGCUGCGCUGUUAGCCGCCCUUCGAAGGAAUUUGGCAUUGGCUCAUUUGCGGAGGGGCCGAUGGGCUGAUGCUGAGUCGGUGUGCAGCGCUGUCCUGCAAGAGGGGCUCGAUUCGAAGGCCUUCUUCCGGCGAGGGGCGGCUCGACUCGGGCUAGAAGACUUCGACGGCGCAGUCGAGGAUUUACGUGAAGCCCUCGGAUUGGCUUCGGAGACGGAGGUGCCCGCCGUGCGCCGAGAGCUUGCCAAAGCGCAGGCUCGCCGGAAAGAAUGGCAGCAGGGUCAGCGAAAGGCUUUCCAAGGUGUUUUCGACAAGAUGACCCUCCAGGACGAAGCGUGGGAGAAACGCCAAAAGGAAGCUGAAGAGAAGGCGAAGGAGGAGGAAGCGCGGCUCCUCCACGAGCAAGAGCGGGAGAAAGAGUCGCUUGCCCCGUCGACCCCCGAAGUCGCGGAAACGCAGCCGGAGGAGGACAACAUCACCGCCAAAGUCUCUGCGAUGGUGGAGCCGCCAGCCAGCGGAGCUAUUGAGCCAGAGCAAGACGAGGCCGCGGAUUUCCGCAACGUCACGUUGCCAAAGCGUCCACAGGAGACGGGAAUCACGGCCUUGAUGCCACCGCCUGGUGCCCGGAUCAGUCAGGCGCCGCCGAAGGUGGAGAACUACCAGGUGCCUUCUUUCCUGCGCAAGAAGCAGCAGAAGAAGCCCUGCGAGCCACGGGUGCUGUGGUCCGUUGUGCACAACCUGGCUCUGAAGAAGGGUAUGACUUUCAACCGGCGAUUCGUGAUCUCUGGAUUUGAGCUUCCUCGGACCCUCGGUCCCAACGAUCGGCAGCAGAGCGAGGGGAAGGUCACGCAGCAGAUGGUCGUGAAUGAGUACUUGCUGGCGCCGGCGAGCUCAGACGCAUAG